GUCAUAGAAAGUGAUAUUAAAUUACGUUAUAUUAUAUGAUAUUACUAUUGAAUGGAUUGAGUGUCCGAUCAUUGAGUGUCUGUAAUACUAAUCAAUUGAAACACAAAUUGCAUUCAAUUGUAUAACAAAACACAAGAAUUGUUUGUGUUUUGAUUGACAUAAGUAUUACACCCAUUGUUGACAACAAUGACAACACUCGUGAUGACGACACCAGACAUUCAAUAUGUGCCGCAACUGAUGGACACCGACGACACUACCGAAGCAGCGAAACCUAAAAGAAAGAGACAAAGACUCGACCAUUUGUCACAAGAAGAGAAACUCAUGAGAAGAAAGUUAAAGAACCGAAUGGCCGCCCAAAGCGCUCGCGAUCGCAAAAAAGUGAAACUGAAUGACUUGGAGGAUGAGGUGAAUGUACUGAUUAAACAGAAAAAAGCAUUAGUCUUACGAAAUGCGAAACUUAUUGAAUCAAAUAAAACACUCGAACAACAAAAUAGAGAACUUAAACAAAAAUUAGGUCUUUUGUUGUCUAAGACUGUGAUCAAAGAAGAGUCGGUUGAUAUAAAUGACUGGAAAGAGAUUAUUGAGUCCGCAGAACUCAUUAGUGAUCCUCAGCAGAAGGAACAGGUCUCACAUCCGGUCAUUCAAUCGCUGAUAAUUCUGCCAUUGAUGACGCUAUUCGUCUUUUGGUUGAUCACAAAGAAUCCGAAGCUUUGCUCGAUGUUCUUCACACGUAUUCAGAAGAACUGCUCGACGACAAUACAGAUACAGAAUUCAAAUCCGAUGUACAAACAAAUGAAAGCAUAUCAGAUCACCAACAGACAUCACAUUUGGGAUCAAUUGAAGACCUGAUGACAUUCAAUGAUCAUUUAUAUUACAGAUCGUCACAAUUUACUACCGAUUCAAUUGAUGACAUUGACAUCAUUAAUGAAGACAAUGACUGUAUUUCAUACCCUACCAGUCCUUUUUCAAACAAUAGUGAUUCCGGUUAUGAAUCGAUAUCUUCACCGAUCUCUUUCCCAUUAAUUAAUCAAAAUAGAGCUAAUUUACAUAAUAUUCCUCAAUUGGACACUUCAUUUGGUGAACUAUUUCCGGAUUUAAUGUAAUUUAAAAAAAAUAUAUUUUAUUUAUUUACCAGUUUAUACACUAAUUAACAUUCAUUAACCCGAUAUAUUAUUUUAUAAUUCUUUUUAUUUGCAUUUAAAAUCCAUUUAUUUAAAUUAUAUUUUGUUUAAAAAUUUGCAAAUAAUAUAAAAAGCAAAAGGAGCACAAAAAAUGUAAUAAAUUAUUGUAAUUAAUAUAAAUAAAAUGUCA